AUGCUGAUGACUUCUUUAACGGCUCUUGGAGAUACCAAUGAGAUCAAUUGUUGGGACAACAGACCCUUCAUGAAGUCCUGGCCAGAAAACAAGCAGAAUAACGGGACAAGAAGUCAUUCAAUAACCAAAGUAAUAAAGAAAAAGAACAAACGCAAUCGCACCGCGUACACAACCGAUCAAUUACGCGUGUUAGAAAAAACCUACAUAAAAACAAAGUAUAUCGAUGCCGAACGUCGCAAAGAGCUCGCACAACAUUUGAAUAUCGGCGAAAAAUGCAUCAAAGUAUGGUUCCAAAACCGCAGAAUGAAAGAAAAGAAAGAAUCUUCCGAAUCCAGCUGUGAAUCCUCCAGCGAAAGCAAUGCAUUUGAACCAGUGACACCGCCACCAGCUGCUAUUAUUGCAGAAGAUAUAACACCUAAUUUUAAUUCAAACUAUAGUCACAAUUUUCCUCAAACUUAUCAAAAUACAGCCCAAAAUUAUAUAUUUCCAACCGAAAUCAAUCAAAAUAACUACGAUUACAAUGUAAGUCAAUUUUAUAACAAUUUUGCACCUGAAAACUACGAUUAUAAUAAUUGUGGGUAUUAUUUUCAAAACGAACGAAAUGUUUAUCCAACUCAGUAUUACCCAAAUGAUUCUACGCCAUAUUAUAAUGCAAAUGAUUUUUCUCAAUUCCCUAAUUAUGAAAACUGGAAUGUCAAUGGUUUUGAAACAGUUUCCUACGAUAAUGAUAAUGGAAAUGUGUUACAAGGUAUGUAA